AUGAGUUUCAUGAAUUAAAAUAUUAUUGAUAAGAUCAACUCUUUCGGUCAAACAUUGUGUAUUCAACCAGUCAACAAUGAAAUGAUAUCCUUGAGUCAGUUGAAGGCCAAGAACUUUUUAGUUACGACUGCUUCCAAACAUUAUAAGGUGCCUGAAAUAGAGGAACCGAAGCCAAGGAAAAAAUAUUAGAAUUUAGCCAAAAUCUAAUUCAAGUUCCAAAUAGAAGAUGAAGAUUAUCAUUCUGUUUUGAAGGAGAUUGUUCAGAUGCAGAAAAAUAGAUUUCCAUUAAUGCCCUUGCAUUUGCAUUACAAACCAAACCCUUCGAUGCAAGGUUUGUCAAUCGGCAGAAUCACAAAUGAGUAGGAGAUGUAAAGACCAAUGACUUUGGAGGAAUGUCGAAACACAAUUAAAACUUAGAAGAUGAGUAGAGACACCCAUAGAGAUACUAGUCAACCUAUUCUAGAAGAAUUCAACAAAUAACUCUCUUGUACAAAGAUCAAAGAGAUCUAACCAGCAAAAGUAUUUACUGAUAGAAGUAAAUCAAGUAAGUUACAUAUGGGAUCGACCUUUUAACCCUUUUAAAAUUAAACAUAAUAAUUUGAAGUGGUUUUCGAUAACACUCAGCAGACUUGUCAAUAUAAGAGGAGGAUAACCUAGAAAUAGUUUAAUCUUUACAAGAACAGGAAGAUUGCAACACCCAAUCUCGCCAUGCAAUUCAAACAAAUAAAGGAGAAGGAAUAGGAUGUGGAGAAAAGGAUAAUUUAGGAGAGGAGGAAAGAAUUUGAUAGAGAAUAUUUUGAAAAAUUGCCGUGA